AUAUGUUCAAUUCACUUUGCUUCAUUUUUGUCUUCCUCGUUUUCUUCUCCCCUUUUUCCACCUCCAUCUUAUUGUUCCAGGUUUUCAACUGGGAAUCAUCCAACAAGGCUGGUGGAUGGUACAAUUUUCUCCGGAACUCCGUUUCCUAUAUUGCCAACGCCGGUGUCACUCACGUUUGGUUCCCACCACCCUCCCAGUCAGUUGGUCCCCAGGGAUACUUGCCGGGAAGGCUAUAUGAUCUCGAUGCAUCAAAGUAUGGAUCUCAGGUUGAAUUGAAGUCGUUGAUCGAUUCUUUCCAUCAAAAGAGAGUCAAAUGCGUUGCUGACAUUGUGAUAAAUCAUAUAACAACCGAGAGGCAAGAUAGCAGGGGUAUAUACUGCAUUUUCGAAGGUGGAACUUCUGAUGAUCGUCUAGAUUGGGGACCAUCCUUCAUUUGCAGAUACGAUACUGUCUAUUCUGAUGGCACAGGGAAUCCCUACCAUGAAACCAUCCACUGUUUUGCUACUAAAGCUGGUAUUGUUUAG